AUGUUUCGCAAUAGAAAAACCUCCCAGAAACCAGACGAUGAUCUUAUUGCGAAAUUUAGAAAGGUUUUCCCGGAUGUUGUCUCGACGAAUUCGCCGGGAGCGAACGGCCACGAAGGGCCGAUCAACCACCACCCAGGCGUAGAUGCGACGAAUACAAGAAUCGACCACGAAGACGUGAAGAUGAACGAUCCGACCCCCCGCGCCCCUCAAGACCUUCGGUUCAGUCCGUCGUUCAUAGAUCCGAACUCAUACGCCUUUAUGCCGCUCGCAAACCAGGUGCCGGGCUACUACACACCGAAUUCGGGGGGAUUGGGAGCCGUGUUCCACAGCCAGGCGGGCGACCUGCACACGCCGACCCUGGGAUUGAACAUGAUGACGCCACUGUCGUUGCCGCACCAUGUUCCCAGCGUAUCGUCGAACCACAGUCAUGGCGCCGGCCACAUGGGGCUGGAGAACCAUUUCAGUCCCCAAUUUGCCCAGCAGCCGUUCCAGAACAUCAAUCCCUUCGCCCAGCAGCCUUCGUACGCGCCGAGUGCAUUCCUGCACCAUCGCGAUUCGUGCUACGACCCGAUGGAUCCCUCGUGCGACGAGUCGUCGCUGAAUGAGAUGGAUCUCCAUGUCAAUCCUACGGCACAGUUUACCCCGGCGACCAGUGCAUUUGUUGAUCGCACAGAUAUCUCUGGACUGGAGGGAGAGAGAUUUCGGUUCAAUGUGACCCUGCGCGCCCCGACCGCAAUGAUCAAGCAUCCCGCAGAGAUUCCCAUCACAUACCUCAACAAAGGCCAAGCAUACUUGCUUUCGGUCAUCGACCUGGCGCCGCCGCCACUCCCUGUGGCUGCGUCGCAGCCCGUCCGGUAUCGGACAUAUAUCCGUGUGUCCUUUGAGGAGGCUGAGCAGCGGUCGAAACCCGCCGCGUGCUGGCAAUUAUGGAAAGAAGGCCGAGGCUCGAACGAGGCGCAUCAGCGGGGCGGCAAGCUCCUCGCAGUGGAAUAUGUGGAUCCCGUCCAGGGCGGCGACGACGAUCAGAAACGCCGUCAGGUCCAGCUGGAGAAGGCUUCGUUGGACGGUUUUUGCAUCACAUGGAGUCCCAACUCGAUGACCGGCGCCUCGGACUGCUCGGUCUCGGUGCGGUUCAACUUUCUCUCCACCGACUUUAGUCAUUCCAAGGGCGUGAAGGGGAUCCCCGUCCGGCUCUGCGCCAAAACCGAACUGCUCUCGCCAGACGCCGGUGACCCUGGUGGCGCGGCGGACCCUGCAGUAGAGCUAAGUUACUGUAAAGUCAAGCUUUUCCGGGACCACGGCGCCGAGCGCAAGCUGUCCAAUGACAUUGCCCACGUCAAGAAGGCUAUCGAGAAACUGAAGCAGCAGAUCGCCCAGGCGGAGUUGGGCGGCGGUAAUUUUGGCAAGCGGAAACGCGGCAGUACGGCCGUCGCGCUUAAACCCACCGACGACCGGCCGAUUAAGAUGGCCAAGCAGCACCACAGGCGUACCUGGUCGAUGGACUCGCAGAGCGAAGGGGCGGACAAGACGUGCCUUGAGGACGACCUGCACUCGAAACUUGCCAUGAUGCAGGACAUGUUCACCUCCACCCGCCCCCUGAGCGUCUUCGGCCUGCGCGGUGAGGACCACGACGACCCGGACCUCUACCCUGUCUACCUACCCGGCGAUCAGCAGCCGCAGCUGGAGCCCCUCACUCGUACCAACACUUUUGACUCGCGACCCAGUAUCGACGCGGGCUCGACCGCGUCCAUGCUGUCCCCCUCGAAUAGCAGCACGUCGGUCAACUCACCGCGUCGGCAACUGCCCGGCUCGCAGUACGAUUCCGGCUACAAUGGGUCGCAGGAGAGCCUCAUCAACCCAUCAAACUGCCGGCAGGCGUGGUCCGAACAGCCUAGCGACCGCUUGCUCUUGAGCCAUCCUACCAAGGUCCAAAAACAUGCGGGUAACUCAAAGCUCUCCACGGGAUACAUUGAGGCUAUCGACAUUGAUCCGACGUACCGCCCGCCCGCCGAAUGUGACCCAAAACCAAUUGCCUGUUUUUAUGUUCGCUUCCCCGGUGACGACAAGCAGGACGACUACUACCGAGCGAUAUACCUGACUGAGCGGACGGUACGCGACCUAAUGGACAAGAUCUCGGAGAAACAGAAGAUCGACCCCGAUCGAGUCAGUCGCGUCCUGCAUGUCAACCAGCGCGGGCUGCGGAUCAUGGUCGAUGACGACGUGGUUCGUGAGCUGCCAGAUGGUCAGGACAUGGUGGCUGAGUUCUCCGAGGCUUCUGCUGCAAAACAUACCGAGCCGAGGGGCUACGAAAUCAAGCUAACGUAUUAA